AGGGUGAAGGGUCACUUUUUUACAGUCAAUCCACACGUUCUCUCAGAGGAGGAGGAAUUGAUUUUAAAAGAUUGACUCAAGUGGUUCUGGACUGUACAUUUUGCUCUUCGCAUCCUGAAGCAUGUCUCAGAGGAGUAAAACCUCUUCAAAAGAAAGCUCGUCUGGUCAUUCAUCCUCAUCAGAUGCUCAUCCUCCACGCUCUGCUCUUCGUAACUCCUCCAAAGACUCGAAAAACUCAGGUCACAGGGACUCAUCUGACAGCCAAGAACGCCGCAGCAGUAGAUCUUUGAGCCAGAAUUCAGCUAUUGCUGCGGCAUAUACACAGUACCUUAAUUCUCUCUUUGGACAGGACAGAGAUUUACUGCCAGAGGAACUAGACGAGCUCCAUGUAGCAUUUAAAGAGUUUGACUAUGACCAGGAUGGGUAUUUGCACUACAAAGAUGUUGCAGACUGCAUGAGAACCAUGGGAUACAUGCCAACAGAGAUGGAACUGAUUGAGAUCAUUCAGCAGAUAAAAAUGAAAUGGGGUGGUCAUGUGGACUUUGAUGAUUUCUGUGAAUUAAUGGGGCCCAGGAUGUUGGCUGAGACUGCUCAUAUGGUCGGUCUAAGGGAGAUGCACUGUGCAUUCAAACAGUUUGACUGUGACGGUGAUGGACGGAUCACCUUUGAGGAGCUGAAAGAGUCCACAAAGACGUUGCUCGGUGAGAAACUGAAGAAAGGAGAACUGGAAGAAAUUCUGACAGACAUAGACCUCAACGGAGAUGGGAACGUGGACUUUGAUGAGUUUGUCAUGAUGCUGUCUCUCCGAUAGCUGAAUGGAUUUCCAUAAGAGCUCAAUCAUGAAAUCAUCAAACCUGUCA